CGUGCACUUGAUACUAUGGAAUGGCCAACGCCAACCUCAACACUCUGCUGCAGAAAUGCGUUGGUCCUCAUCAAAUCAAGCAACUCCAAGCUCAUCUCAUAACCACAGCACAUUUUCAAUUCCAAUUCUGCCCUUACCGCUCCAAGCUCAUUGAAUUCUAUGCCCUUCCUCCUCUCAACGACCUCUCUCACGCUCACACUAUCUUUCGCCAAAUCAACACGCCUUCUACCAACGACUUCAACGCCAUUCUUCGCGGCCUCGCUCGCUGCGCUGAACCCACCAAGGCCAUCUCUUGGUUUCGCUUAAUGUUGAUUAAUUCUGUCCAAAUAGACGCCCUCACUUGCUCCUUUGUGCUGCAAGCGUGCGCACGUGUUUUGGGUUGUAACGAGACAAGGCAGAUACAUUCGCAAGUUUUGCGUUGUGGGUUUUCAGCUGAUGCAUUAUUGGGCACUACGUUGUUGGACGUUUAUGCAAAAUUGGGCUUAAUUUGUGAUGCUAAGAAGUUGUUUGAUGAAAUGCGUGUGAGAGAUAUUGCAUCGUGGAAUGCAUUGAUAUCUGGGAUGGGGCAAGGGAAUUCGGGGAGUGAAGCGUUGGAAUUGUUUAAGAUAAUGAAAGAGGAGAGUUUGUUUAGGCCUAAUGAGAUUACGGUGCUUGGAGCUCUUGCAGCAUGUUCCCAACUGGGUGCUUUGGGAGAAGGAGAAAAGAUAUAUGAGUAUAUAAGAGAUGAGGGGCUUGAUAUGAAUGUGCAAGUUUGUAAUGCAGUGAUUGAUAUGUAUGCAAAAUGUGGGUUCGUUGAUAAGGCGUUUUUGGUUUUUGAAAAUGUCAAGUGUAGGAAGAAUCUUGUUACAUGGAAUACUAUGAUAAUGGCAUUUGCAAUUCAUGGAGAUGGAGCCAAAGCCCUUGAACUUUUUGAGCAAAUGGGUUCAGUUGGAGUGAAGCCAGAUGAUGUCUCCUACUUGGGUGUGUUGUGUGCGUGCAAUCAUGCAGGGUUGGUGGAUGAUGGUGUGAGGUUGUUUAAUUCAAUGGUGGAGUAUGGUUUAUGCCCUAAUAUGAAGCAUUAUGGGAGUGUGGUUGAUUUACUAGGUCGAGCAGGGAGAUUACAAGAGGCUUAUGAUAUGGUUAAGUCUAUGCCAAUGGUGGCUGAUGUUGUACUUUGGCAGACACUGCUUGGCGCUUGCCAAAUAUAUGGGCAUGUCGAGAUGGCAGAAAUAGCAUCAAGGAAGCUAGUCGAGAUGGGGUCUGAUAAUUGUGGUGAUUUUGUGUUGUUAUCUAAUGUUUAUGCUUCGCAUAAGAGAUGGGAUGAUGUGGGAAGCGUGAGGAGAGCCAUGAGGGCUAGGGAUGUGAAGAAGGUGCCAGGAUUUAGCUACACUGAAGUUGAUGGUGUAAUGAAUAAGUUUUUCACUGGCGACAAGAGCCAUGGAAGUUGGAGGGAGAUUUAUAGGAAGUUGGAUGAGAUUAGGUUCAGAAUUAAAGAGUAUGGAUAUGUGGCUGGAACUAGUUAUGUGUUGCAUGAUUUAGGGGAAGAAGAGAAAGAGAAUGCUUUGUGUUAUCAUAGUGAGAAACUGGCUGUGGCUUUUGGUUUGAUCAGCACUAGUGAAGGCGCUUCAAUUCAGGUGUUUAAGAACCUUAGGAUUUGUGGGGAUUGCCAUGUAGUCAUUAAGCUCAUCUCCAAGAUUUAUAAUCGCGAAAUUAUUGUGAGGGAUCGAGUGCGGUUUCAUAAAUUUAAAGGAGGUAUUUGUUCUUGCAAAGAUUAUUGGUGAUUUAUUUCAUGCAUGUAUCUUAAACUUGAUGCUUAUAAAAGCAAAAUUUUGGCAUUUAUACAAGCACUUCACAAGAGAAAAGAUAAGAGUUUUCUCAUGAUUCCUCUAUGCCAAUCCACGUCUCAAAAUGCUGGUUUUGGGGAGGUUUGAUCUAACCAGCUUCAACGGAGUUCUUAUUGGCUGGAACUUUUGAAACUCAAA